GGGAAAGAAUUGGAUGAGGAAGAUGUUAUAUGUUUUUCUUGUGGCUAAACGAACAUUAUCUUGAUAGGAGAAGGAUAACAUCCAGCAACAACAACAACAGCAGCAAGCAGGUGUGGAUCCAAUGUCCCGGAAUAUAAAAAAGGAGUUUCAUGACGAUACGCUCAGAGCACUGCGUUCGUCAACUGCUGCUGUAGGAGGAGCUGGCGGUGUAGCUAUCAAAAAGGAACACAUCGAUGAUGUGGCGAGACCUAUAAAGAAGGAAUACAAUGAUGAUGCGCUCAGAUCACUGCGUUCGCCAGCUGCAGUUGGAGGAGGAGGAGGAGCUAGCGGUGCUGCCUCAUCAUCACGCAUGGUCCCACCGCAACCGGGAGGAUCCCCGGCCGAUCCCAUUAAUAAUAUGCCGACAUCGUCGUUUCGUCCACGCGCUGCAGCAGGCAAACCUACCAUGGCUGGUUUGCCAAAGGGAGCGAAUGUCUUAGCAUCACCAUCAGCACGAAACAUACCAUCGGCUAAUGUAAGUUUUAACUGUUUUCUUUCGGCAUUUACAGCAAUUGUGGGAAUUUAUGCUAAACUAAACUAUCGACUUUUCUCUCUCUUGCUGUUAUUAGCCUUAAUGCAUUGCACACACUGUUCGCCGCCGAAAUGGCCCAUUUUAAGCUUCUCUUUCUUCUCUCCGCGAUCAGCAUUUCGUUUCUUUACUAGUUUCUAGUCUGUUUUUACCCUUCUCCUUUAUCUUUCCCUUCUAUUCUCUUUCUCUGUCUAGUCUGCAUAGUGCUCUUACGCGUUAUAUAUCGAUUGUCACCGUCUUCCAGUUUACUCUCUCUCUCUCUCUCUCUCUCUCUCUCUCUCUCUCUCUCCGCAUCCAUUAAGCCAUUCUUAUUUCAACUCAACACUCACCGCUCUUCUCCUAUUUCUCUUUUUUUCUCUACAUGAAUGUUUUUCUUUUAUCGUACAUUCACAUAUUUUCUUCUUCUUUACAUUCAUAUCACGCUCAAUACAACGCUAACACAACAAUAAACACAUCAAAGGGGAGAUUUGUAUACAUUUAGCUUAUUAUACUCCAUGUAGCAUGUCGGGUU